CAAGUUAGGGUUAAUUUGUUGUUGCAUCAAUCAUCCCUUCAUCCGCUUCGAGAUGAAGAAACAAAACUCGAAGCGCUUGAAGAUGGAAACACAAAAAUCGAAGCGCAGGAGAUCUCGCGAUCGACUCAGUGAGUUACCCGACUCGUUAAUCUUCAACAUCUUUGAGUUGUUGCCGAUGAAUGACGUUGUUAAGACUACAAUCCUCUCCAAGCGUUGGAAAGAUCUCUGGACAACAGCCCCCUUCCUUAAUUUCACGGAUUAUUCAUUCAAAGAUGACCCAGAUGAUCCGGAAUCUUCGUUAAAAUACCCAGAUAUUGAGAUGGUUCAAGACUUCGUGGAUGAGGCACUAACACAGUGGGGAGGGAUCAAUAUUCUGAAAUUCAAGAUUGAUUUCAGAUCAUAUUAUGAUCACGAAUUUGAUGAUGAUUUGGAUGAGUGGGUGCGUUGGGCAAAAGAGAAACAAGUCGAAGAGAUACACUUACGCAUUGAGAAUGAUUAUCGACCGUACGACUUGCCGGAGUGUCUCUACUCGUGUUCAUCGCUCAAAGUGUUAGUCUUGUCGCUCAAAUAUAUUUGCUUUUCGCGUAUUCGCGGGAAUAUCAAGUGGGAUAGUCUUAAGAGUUUAACGAUUUCGGAUUACUUGUCUCUCGAUCCGUAUUUUAUCACACAAGCUUUGCGUGGAAGCCCUAAUUUGGAAGUAUUUAACUUGACUCUGCACGCAAGCAAAAGCGUGUGUAUCCAAUCUAAGAGUUUGAAGAAGCUCUGUAUUUGCAAGCGUUUCAGUCACAGAGAUAAAGAGAAGGUGGUGGAAAUCGUGACUCCGAAUCUUGAAACGUUGGAAAUUUCAGGAUAUCCAGACAUAAAAUAUGUGUUGAGUGCCUCCUCGUCUUUGACGGACGUAACUCUUAGAUUUCGGGAAGACAAGGAGAGCUGGCUGAGUUCAUCUGCUUCGUUCGAGCACGAUUGUGGGGAAACAUUGAGUCAAAUUCUUCCAACCAUCCAACAUGUUGAAAGACUGAAAUUAUCGUCUAGGUGCAUCCAGGUGCUACAGCGCACGAACAAGAAACAUUUGCUUUCACGCCCAUAUUUUAUAGUUAGAGAUCCUGUUGAAAUUUACGGGCUAGGAUGGUGUUUCGACAAGUAAAAGGAAUCAUGCCAUCUUCACGUUCACGUCCAUCGCGUUCUUAAUAACUGAAAGCAAAGAUCUUCCUUGCACUUGCUUGAUUUGGGUUAAUUUGUCGAAAAAAAUUUGCAAUGACUUAAUUAAUUAUUUAUUUUUUUGGGUUAAUUUGUUUUGAUACUGCUUAAUUUUUGGUGUUGAACAGUGAUAUUAUGCAAGUAAUUUUGUGCGGUUUCAGUAAGUUGGAAGUGUUUAUCUUGUUUUUGGAGA